AUGCAAGAAGACAUUAAAGCUAAACUUAGCGGAGCGAAGGUGUUCUCGAAGAUGGACUUUAAAUCGGCAUUUUUGCAACUUGAACUCCACCCAGAUUCCCGGUACCUUACGGUGUUCCACGCAAACGACAAACUAUACCGACAUAAUCGACUCACCAUGGGCGUAAAGCCAGCACAAGGAGAACUUAACAUGGCUCUUCAACCGCUUUUCGCACAUAUUCCACAAGCACACCUCAUCCAUGAUGACCUUAUUGUUGCAACAGAAACCGAUGGAGAACACCAUUCCGCGAUUACUGCCGUCAUGCAAGCCAUCACUAACGCUGGUAUAACCCUUAAUCCAAGCAAGUGCACUUUCGGAGCCACUGAGAUCGAAUUCUGGGGUUUACGUAUUGGUUCCGCACGAGUACGACCAGAUCCCGGCAAAGUGGAAGCACUAAAGCACAUCACACCGCCUCGAUCAAAGGAAGAAUUGAUCAGUUUUCUCUGUAUGAUGCAGUCCAAUGCCGAUUUCAUCCCAAACUUCGCACAACACGCGGCCAAACUGAGAGAACUGACCAAGAAAAAUAGUCGAUUCACAUGGACGAAAGAACACCAUGCCGCUUACGAAGCAUUAAUCGAACGAUUCACA